GAGGUUCUUCCUGGAAUUUGGAUCGGUGGCUACACUGCACUUGAAUCCCAAAAAUUCCUGAAGAAGAAUGACAUUACGCAUAUUCUAUCUAUGGGACAUUUUGAAUAUUCUUAUCCUUCAGCAGAGUAUGACAACAAGAUCAUCCGAAUUUCGGACAAUCCUGGUGCUAAUAUUAUCCAGUUUUUCCCCGAGACGUAUGAAUAUAUCAACAAUGCAGUCUCCAAUGAAAGGCAUAUUUUGGUUCACUGUUUGGCUGGAGUCUCACGUAGCCCAACUGUCGUGACCGCUUAUCUUAUGAAGAAACGGAGACUACGACCAAAAGAAGCGCUCGCGAUCAUUGCUCAAAGCCGACCUUUUAUUAACCCAAACAAAGGUUUCAUGGAUCAAUUAAAGCUUUAUCGAGAA